ACGCAAAAAACAUUGACAUAGUACUAAGUAGUCUACAUGUUGAGUAACUAAUCUAAUAACAUGGUUGCUCCCCCAAUUACCAUGCACGAGAGGUAUCAGGAGAGCAAUUGCGAUAACGAGGGGUUGACACAACCAGAAAUAGGAUAGUGGCAGUGAAGGAUGGCGAUCAUGAGCAUGGGUCGAAGAUGGUGGCGAGCGUGGGUACCAUAUACAAACAAUGAAUUUAUGAGACACCGAAACAAUAAAACACCAUGACGCACCUUUGCAGCUGAGAGAACCCCCCAUCUAGAGUCGAGUCUACAUGCGCUGCGUGUGCUCUCCUUUUCUCUCUCCUCUCCUCUUUCCCUCCUCCUCUCGUCCUUUAUUCAUCUUCAGCAUCUUGGUGUCGUCCGCGAGCGUUCGCGCCACACCAGCACUUGCUGGUGUGUGUUGGGUGUUUGCGCAUGGUGCUGGUGGCAUUGGAUGCGCUAAGCGGGAGGAUGCUGAAGGUAGCGAGAGGGCGCUGAACUUGUCAACUUGAUGGUGGGAGGGCUCCAGAGGUAGCGAGAGGGUGCCAAAGGAAGUGAGAGGGUACUGGAAGUUGGG